AUUUUGAGUACACAGAAGUGUUUUGUCCUGAUACUCAACGGUCCAGAUCCCGUGACCCGAACUUUUGACGACGGCUCGACGGCUCGGCACGAGUUCCUUUUUUGGUGUCGUCCAAAUUUCUGUAGAACAAUUUCUGGCAACCGCAAACCUGACAUAUCGCAAGAAUGGCGAUGGAGAAGCCUGUGAACAUUGUGGUGCUGGACACCGGGGCAAUUAUAAAAAACGAACCGCCAGUAUCCACGCUGCUUAGCCAAGCCGAGACGCUCGUGACUGUUCCUGCCAUCAUAUCAGAGAUCAAGGACGCCGCCACUAGAUCAAGAGUUGAGACCACGCUGAAGCCAUUUCUGACAAUAAGGUCACCCAAUCCCAACAGCAUCCGAUUUGUCACAGACUUUGCGCGAAAGACUGGAGAUCUUUCAGUGCUCAGCAAGCCUGACAUUCAGAUCAUCGCUCUCACAUACGAGCUUGAAUGCGAACGGAAUGGAGGAGACUGGAGGCUGCGGCGCAUACCCGGCCAGAAGGGGCUGAACGGUGCGCCGCCCAAGAAAGGAGAGGCGCAGACAGACAAUGUUGUCGACGCUGCUGUUGAUGCCGUGCCUCAACCCAAGAGUGAAGAAGAAAGCACAGCUCAGAACGUAGCGACAGCGGCUGAGCCAACAGGCAAAGCUUCGCAGGAAGAUGCUAAUCCGGCAUUGGCUCAAUCAGAUCUUGCGGAACAGCUUCAGAGCGCCUCUAUUACCGAGACCGCCGAAGACAUCGCAGAACAGAGAUCACCGAAGGGCUGGAUCACACCUUCCAACUUGAAGAAGAAACAAGCAGAAGACGCUGCAGCAUCAACGACGCAGACACCAGAGCCGAAGACCAUGCAGGUUGGUGUUUUGACUUCAGAUUUUGCCAUGCAGAACGUUAUUCUUCAGAUGAACCUGAACCUUCUUUCGCCUUCCAUGUCUAGAGUCAAGCACUUGAAGACGUACGUACUGCGAUGUCAUGCGUGCUUCAACGUCUCGAAAGCCCUUGACAAACAGUUUUGUCCGAGAUGUGGACAGCCUUCGCUGACCCGAGUGUCGUGCUCGACCGACGCGAAUGGCCAAUUCAAGCUGCACCUGAAGAAGAACAUGCAGUGGAAUAAUCGGGGGAACAAAUUCAGCGUACCCAAACCUGUGCACGGCUCCGCGAAUGGACGGAUCAAGGGAGGUGGGAAGGACGGCUGGGGCCACGAAUUGAUCCUGGCUGAAGAUCAAAAGGAGUAUCAAGAGGCCGCAAAGCGCGAAAAGAGGCAGAAGGAGAGAAGUCUGAUGGAUGAAGACUAUUUGCCUAGCAUAUUGACAGGAGAUCGAGGGAAAUCAGGUGGGCGCCCGAAGGUCGGCGCGGGGCGGAAUGUGAACAGUCGAAGGAGAUGAGGUUGUCAAUUCUUGAUCUGGGCUCAAGUAUGGGAGUCAUUUUGCUUUGAUGGUCGCAUUUGCAUGCUAGGCGUUUGUGGAAGGAUAGAAGAUCCUGCGUGUCGGCGAGGAGUUUCGCGGAAAAGGAAAGGAAAGGAAACGACUGGCUUGGUAACGACAGCAUGAGGACGUGAGGCAGCAUAAACGACUUCACAAGUCAAACUUUUGUAAACGGCG